UUCGUAAUGAGAAAAUGGACAGAAAAAAAGGCCCCAAAAAAAGGGAAAGAAAAAGAAAAACCCAAAAAAAAAAAACACACAAAUGAAAAGAAAAGAGAAGGGGUAAGCUGCGCGCAGUAAUAGCAGGCAUAACAGAGGAAGUGGACACCAUUCGAAAUCCAAAGGAACCGAGUAUUAGAGGAAUUGGAGGAGGGAGGAUGGGUCAUGGUGUACACAGUACCAGAGGAACCACUUUACCAUUUUCUUGUUAUUCUUGUUCAGCUCGGUUCUCCUCGUCGGUUUCUCUGACUCAGCGGCAGCGUCCUCCGAGUCUUGGCCCGAGUUAUGUGAGGUACGCGGUGCUUGGUGCUGGCUUCGCCGGCCUCUCAGUUGCGUGGCACUUGUUAAAGCAGAGUCCCAAAGACUCGCGUAUACGCAUUGACAUUUACGAUGAAGUUGGAAUCGGAGGAGGUGCAUCGGGCGUUUCAGGAGGCCUUCUUCACCCUUAUUCCCCUAAAGCCAAGCUUCUAUGGCGUGCUGCCGACUGCUGGAAUGAAUCUUUAAACCUUUUGAGCGUUGCCGAAGCAGCAGCAGCUUCUGCUGCUCAAAAUCCUAAUGAAGACGACCUAUUGCCAAUUGUUAGAAGAAGGGGCAUCUUGAGACCAGCCCUGAGCAUGAAGAACUUGAUGUUGUUGAAAGAUAAUGCCCAGGAUUGCCUUGCCAGUUGCAGAAUACAAACCAUUGACAACGAUGCUGCCCAAAAUCUUCUACCCAGUAUAUGCGUACCUCUCAACACCUCAUUUUAUAUGCCUGAAGCUGUUAAUAUUCAUCCUCAACGCUAUUUACAGGCACUCUUCUUAGCAUGUCAAAAUUUGGCGAAGGAACUAUUUUCUGAUGGCUUCGGAGUAAAAGAAUUACAUUUGCACAAGAGUUCUGUCCACAAACUCCUAGACCUAGAAGGGGAAUACCAGGCAGUAAUAGUAUGUCUAGGUGCGAAAGCAGACUUGCUUCCUGAGCUUUGUGGGAGGCUUCCUUUGAGGACAUGCAGAGGUGUCGUUGCACAUCUUCAGCUUCCUGAUCAUUUAGGAGAGGAGUAUCCAAGUCUUGGCCCCUCGAUAUUGUCAGAUGCUUGGCUUGCUGUGCAAGGUCCUCGAAAUUUAUAUAUGGGCUCAACAUGGGAAUGGAAAUCAAGAAACUCGUCACCAAAUGUAUGUGCAGAUGAAGCCACGGAAGCCCUUAACGAGCUUCUGCCAAAGGCAUGUGCCAUUUUUCCUGCUCUAAAGGAUUGGAGCUUUGCUGGAGCCAGGGCUGGCCUGAGGGCAAUGCCACCACUCACUCCUCAUGGCUCACUUCCCCUUUUGGGUUGUGUCAAUGACAUUGUAGGCAAAAACCGAACCUCCAACUACUGGUUAUUUGGAGGGCUUGGUUCAAGGGGAUUGUUGUACCAUGGUUGGCUUGGGAAGUUGAUGGCACAAGCUGUGCUUUCAUGUAGUGAAGAAUUAAUCCCAGAUGAAUUAACCUCCUGGAAGAAAAGAAGACAAUAAUUAAUACAUAACUCUUUGUUCAUUUAUGUUAGCUUUUUGAGUUAAGGUUCCGGCUUUUUAUCAAUGCUGAACCUUUUCCUAACAAAGGGAAUGCCCUCCUCCUACAAGAAAAAUAAAAAAAGC